AUGCACGAGGCCGGAAGUUGCGGUCGAGUCAUGAGUCUCAGCGUCGGCCCCUCGUCGCUGCCUGUCGACGGCUUCUCCGACCCCUACGAAACCGCGUACCGCUGCCGCCCGCCUAACUCCACCACCGGACUGCACCGCUCUCACGCUAGUGAGCAUCAAGCGAUGCUUCCAGGAAGCCGAGGCGCAUUCAGUGGCGCCCCAGAAAUGGCGCCGCCACCACACAUGCGGCCACCGCCGUCCGUUUUCGGGGAAAGUUUCUCGCCGGAGCAGGGGUUUUCGGGACCUUCUUUCGGCGCGGACACGAUGGCGCCCCCUAUUGGCGGGUGGGGGUCGGUGAGGGCGGCGGUGGUCAUCCGCAGCGGCGACGACGAGGACCAGUCGCGCCACGUCCCCAUCGCCUACCGCCCGCCGCUCCAUCCGCCCCGCCCGUGCGGCUCUCAAGCUCCGCCAGCCCCCGCGCUGCACCUGGCGGAGGGCGUGACGAUAAGGAAGGGCAACGACGACGACUUCGAGGCGUCGCAGGCCUUUCCGCUUUCCGCCAGCAGCUUCCGCGGCAGCGCCCCGCAGGUGAGUGAGCCGCUGGCUUCCGUUAUUCUCGCCCGCUCGUGCGCCUCGCGCCCUGCAUCGCUCCGCCGAGCUCCCCUGUUCCUCACCCGCCAAUCCGCUACCACUGCUGCUCCCCCUCCACAUUUUCCGCUUCCCUCCCCACAUCCUUUCUCCGCACCCCCUAUUCCGCUCCCCCUUCUGCAGGCACCUCCGCAUCUCCGCCGCCUCGACCCCGCGUUCCCCGGCGCCGAGUAUCCCCCGACUGCCGCAGCCGCGCCGUGUUUCGACGGCUACGGCGGCCGCGGCGACUUCGGGGCUUAUACUUCCAGCCCGCAGCGCUUCGACGGCGCGUGUCGCGUUUCCCCUCCGCAAUACGGAGGCGUUGGCGCAGGCCGCAUGGGCGGGACCCCGCAUGUGUAUGCAGCGGGCGGAGGGGGCAGCGGGGCAGAAUGGCCGGGCCAUCAGUUCGGCAGCGACCCGGGUAGGGGAAGGCGGAGCUUGGACGGGGGUACUGCGCGCAUGGGCAUGGGGGCGAUGAGGGACGCGAAUGCGGCCGGCGAACUCCGCGAAAUGGCAGGCGUGGGCAGCAUGCGGACAGGACAAGGCGUGUUCACAUCGCGGUCGUACGACGAGCAGAGGAACCGCGAAAUGUACGGCGAGAAGCCCGGGGCAAUGCGCGGAGCCGUGUGCGCGGAUGGCAUAGGUAGCGAGGGAAGCUGGCGGAGCGGGGGCGAGUACUACCCGGGCGAGAGGGAGGCGGAAGGGCGAAGCGGCGGCGGGAGCCAUCAGAGCGCGCUGUCGCUGAAGGAGGAGCUCGCGGCGCUCGACGGGGGCGGCGAUGGCGCGCACGACGAAGCGCCUCUGCGGAGCUCCCAGCAACCCAACUCCGACGAAAGCUGGAACCUACCAUUCAACCCGUCAUGCGAAUACCCUCAAAGCAACCAGUUCAAAUACCACCCUAAACACUCCACCAACGUCACUGCAGAUUCUGGUGCUUACUUGAGUGCCGACUUCUCCAUCUACUCCUCCACCUCCCUCUCCCUCCCAUUCCGCUCUCGCCACCCAACAACUGGCUUUCCUCCUGGCAGCAGUGGGGUGUGGGGGGGAUCCGUGGUGGCAGAGAGUGAUGCAGGUAGUGUGAUGGGCGCUGGGGGGGCGGGAGCAGGCGGCGAUUGUCGUCUUUUUACGCAAGAGCAGCUGGCGAGGGCAACGGACAACUGGAGCCCGGCGAAUCAACUCGGCAAGGGUGCCUUCGGCACGGUGUAUCGGGGCCGGGUGAUGGGGUGUGAGGUGGCAGUGAAGCGGCUGGAGGGCAGCAGCUGGCAGGGCCCGGACGAGUACAUGACGGAGGUGGAGGUGCUGAGCCGCAUGCGCCACCCACACAUCGUGCUGCUCAUGGGCCACUGCCCCGACGCCAUGUGUCUCGUCUACGAGUAUCUGCCAGGUGGCUCCCUGCAGGACCACCUCAAGCCCACCGCCGGGCGGCGGCCUUUGUCUGUGGUGGAGCGGGUGCGGGUGGCGUCGGAGGUGGCGUCGGCGCUGCUGUUCCUGCACCACCACGACCCGCCCAUCGCCCACCGCGACUUAAAGCCCGACAACGUGCUGCUGGACGCCAACCGCGGGUGCAAGCUGGCGGACGUGGGGCUGGCGCGGCUGAUCGCGGAGGACGACGCCACCACCACGCGUGUGCGCGGCACCGUGGGGUACAUCGACCCCGAGGAGGUGCUCACCUUUGAGAUCAGCGUGCUGUCCGAUGUGUAUGCCCUCGGGCUCAUCAUGCUGCAGCUGCUCACGGGGGAGCCGGGCAUCAAGAGCCUGCACAAGCGCAUCAAGCCCUUCCAGGACGCCCUCGACUGCUACUGGGAGCAGGGGGGUGCUGUCGGCGGCAGCAGCAGCAGCGGCAGCCCCAUGGUGCAGGCCGUGGCAGCGCUGGUGUCAGAUCACCUGGACGUCUCGGGCGGCGAGUGGCCGCUGUCCGUUGCUUGCCAGCUGGCAGAGUGGGGCCUGCGGUGUGCCGCCCGGCAGCGGGCGUGCCGCCCGGAUCUGGCGGGGGAGCUGCAGCCGGCGCUGCAUGGGCUGGUGGAGCAGAUGGAGGCUGGGGAGAGGCAGCGGCAGCAGAGCAUUGAGGACCAGUUUGUGUGCCCGCUCUCACAUGUAUGUGAUGCUGUCAACCCUGCCACUUUCCACCUGUGCUCGUGUCCCUUUUUUGCCCCUCUCUCUUCCCCUCUUUCCUCGUUCUCUGGCCCCGCUCCCAUUUUUUCAAGAUCCCUCGCGCACUCUCCCUCGCCCCCGUUUCCUUCUCCCCUGUUUCCUUCUCCCCCUCUCCAGAUGAGAAUGACUGACCCAGUAGUAGCAGCAGAUGGCUUCACCUACGAGCGCAAAAGCAUAGAGGAGUGGCUCAAGACAAAUGACACAUCACCAUCCACUUAUGAACCAUUGCCACAUAAAUACCUCACACCCAAUCAUUCACUGCGCAUGCUGUUGCAGUAA